AUGUCUGACGCCGAUCAACGCCCGCAGUGCGGCAGCGAGCCCGGUUCCGGCGAGGAAUACGAUCUCGCCAUUCACGUCGUCGCUCUUUUCCUUGUCGUUAUUGCCAGUAUUAGCGGAGCCGGCUUCCCAGUAGUAGCCAAGAAGUUCCCUAAGCUGAAGAUCCCUCCCAAGGCCUUCUUCUUCUGCAAGCACUUCGGUACUGGUGUCCUGAUUGCCACUGCCUUCGUUCAUUUGCUCCCUACUGCUUUCGCUUCGCUUAAUGACCCAUGCCUCCCCCCGCUCUUCACCGAUGACUACCCUGCUCUGCCUGGUGUGAUCAUGAUGGGCUCGCUCUUCUGCCUGUUCGUGCUUGAGAUGUGGCUCAACUCCAAGAUGGGUGGCCACAGCCACGGCGGCCCCACCGGUGCCGAAUUCUCCGGCGGACAGGCUCACGGCCACGCCCACGCUCACGGCCCCGUCAAGACUGUUGCCCCGCACGCACGGCCGAUGCGGGAGCCCAUGGGCCCGAUCAGCCGCAGCGACUCGGAAGAGAGUUUCGAGAAGUCUUACACCUGGAACGAGGCCAAGCAGGCGUACGCCCGCGAGAGAGAGGAGGAGCUCACCAUGCCCUCGAUGGGCAACCAGAAUGCCUCGGAGAUGCCGGCCUGGUUCAUCGCCUUCUACUCUCAAUACAUCCGCCAGCGCGACGAGAUGCUGAAUCUAAUCGACCGCAACAUGGCUUCGGUCCUGCCCGGCUACGACAACAAGCAGGCCACCGCCCAAGACAAGGAGGUCUCAUUCUUCGACGCCGACGACCACGACAUCGAGGAGGGUGGCCAGGGCGCCGUCGACCCCAUGGUCCUCAAGCGCAUGUCGCUCAACAUCACCAUCCUCGAGGGCGGUAUCCUCUUCCACUCGGUCUUCGUCGGUAUCACCGUCUCGGCCACCGUCGACGGCUUCAUCGUCCUGCUCAUCGCCAUCAUGUUCCACCAGACGUUCGAGGGUCUCGGUCUGGGUAGCCGUAUCGCCGCCGUGCCGUAUCCCAAGGGCUCGUACAAGCCGUGGUUGCUCGUCGUCGCCUUCGGUACCACUGCCCCCUUCGGCCAGGCUAUCGGUCUGCUCGCCAGGAACUCGUUCGAUAUCAACAGCGCGUUUGGCCUCAUCAUGGUCGGCAUGUUCAACGCCAUCAGUUCGGGUCUGCUGAUCUAUGCGGCGCUCGUCGACUUGCUGGCCGAGGACUUCCUGUCGGAGGAGGCCCAGGCGUUGAUGAGCAAGAAGGACAAGACCUGGGCAUUCAUUUUCGUUCUUAUGGGUGCUGCCGGUAUGUCCAUCGUCGGUGCCUUCGCUUAA